CCGGCUGGUCAGUCAGUUCAGUUGUAAUCGAGAUUCUCGUCGCGGCGACGGUGCGGCGUUUUUUCCGCUCGUGCACGCGCGCUUAUCGAAUCGUGAAGUGGGCGCUUGGUAAACGAUCGCGACCAGUUUGAAUUUGUGAUUUUCUGUUGUUGUGGUAGUGUGCUAAUACAACAACGAAGAAACCACGAAAAAGCAAAACAUCACCAUUCCUACGGUGGCCAACAAAAGAAAACGAACAUCAUCGCAGUUGGCCGUUUGUUGUUGUUAUUGUUGCAGUGACCGGUGGGAUUGCGGGUGGUUGAGCAAACUGAAAGCGUGCAUGUGCCAUUUUUCCUGGUGUUGCUAAGUCCUAGAUGUGAUUAAUUUAUCACAUUUUCUCGAACUGACCCGGCCGAAGCGAGCGCCACUUGAGGUGACUGAGUUGAAUAAACUUAAGGUAGACGAACUAGCAAGGAAUGUGGGGGCUGUGAGGCGUAAUUGUCUAUGUGAUAUUUAAACUCCGGAGGAUCCAUCUGUUUCGAUUAGUUUGUCAUCGAUUCUGAGAGAUUGACGGAAAAAUAGAGCUACCUACCAAAGAAUCUGUCUAAAUUGGGCGAAGCUACAAUAACUGUGAUGCAGAGGAGGAAUAUGAUCGACCAAGAUUGCGUGAAUGAGUUUGUUCAUGUCCCAAUUGAUAACAAUUAAAGAGUGAAGAAAAGUACAGAAAGUAAGAAGCGAUUCAAACGGUCCAACAGUUAUUAGUGAGUGUUUGAAAGAAAUAGCUGCGUGUAAGACUAGACGAAGAAUGUGUGCGAUAUAAGCUAGACGUGAAUAAAUUUAAUACGAAUAAGAGUGAGAAAAAUCUAACCAAAGCAAAGUCAACCCUCGUAAAUGUGUGCUUCGCCGGUUCUGUGAUUCGGGUGCCGGUGGUGAAUUUGUGGAAUGGAAGCACUGAACCCUAACGAAGUUGGUCCACAAACUUCCACCGGCAAACCGACGUCGUCAGUGAUAUCGGAGCUGCAUUGUUCCAGUAUUGGGGAACUGGUGCAGAAUGAGACAACCAGCGGAAACGUCAUACGGUUUGCCAUAACCGCUAGCAGCAACAUGUCUUCUGAUACGGAACUCACUCAACGUCUCACGCCUAGUGCGAGCUUCGGUUCCAGCAGUGUGACUUCUGCUGAAUGGGGAAGCGAUUUCCGCGCGGCGAAUCAGCUCGUCAUGAAGAAUCCCGACUGCGAGAUGAAGCUAACCGCAAAAUCGGACGGAUUGCAUGUGAUGGUGGAAUCGCCGAACAAUCGGAUCCGCGUGGCACUGAGCGUCCUGAUCCGGCUGCUUCUGCCACUAACCCAUGGGCUGGCGCGAGGAUGGAACGGACUGCGAGGCUUUCGCAUGCUGCAGCUAUUUCGAAAGAUACGCGAAAGUCGCGGCCUACUGACGACACUGUUUGCCUUCGCCGCCAAUACCGUCUCAAUGAGCCUGUCCUCGGUUCAAGUGGCCCAUCGAAUAGAUCCUUUGCUGCGAGUUAUCAAGCUACGCAAAAACUCAUCCGCAGCGGGACGAAAUACGCUGGAAGCAGGUGGCACAGUAGCUGGACGCAACCGACGACACACGAAUACGGCUUUACAGGAAACUCCAGACAAGUGCGUUGAGAUGGUGGUGCUGGCAGAACCUCCCGCCGGUCAACCGAUUCGGGCCGAUGUGGUGUUGAUCCAUGGGUUACAUGGUUCGUUGGUAAACACCUGGAAGCAAGGAUUGUGGAACAGUGAAGGAAAGUUGGAACACUUUGAACGACCACCGAAGCCGCCGAUAAGACCUCCGAAGCGGCAACGGCAUUCCCGAGCGAACCUGUUUGCUCCGCCUCACGUUUCCAAGAAGCCAAAGUUUGAAGAUGAAUGGAGUGACGACGACGAUCAGUAUGAUGACGCGAUUGAGAGUACGUCGUACAGAUUCGCGAAGCACCGAUUUACUUACGAGUGUGGGGAACCGGAUAAGAUUCAUUUUGCGGACGAGAUGGAAUACAGUUUUCCUACGUUCAGGCUGAGAAUAGAGGAAGAAGAGAGUAAUCGGAUUUCUCAAGGUUUCACGGAGAAGCGGUUUCAUGGUAAAAGAAAAUCAAAAAUAAAAAAGGACGAAUCGUGGUCACCUUGCUGGCCGGGUGACUGGUUGCCGUUGGAUUGUCCUGGUGUACGUGUCAUUGCUCUCAACUAUACGACCGAUCCGUACCUUUGGAGACCCGUAUGGAUCACGAAGAGGCAUCGCUCCAACUUGGUGGAUCGUUCGCGGGAGAUGGCCGAUAUGCUAAUAUCCAAGGGCGUCGGUAAGGGUCAUCCGAUCAUCUGGGUCGGUCAUUCGAAGGGAGGUAUCUUUAUCAAGCAGAUAAUUGUGGACGCGUGGGAAAGUGGCAGACCGGCGGCAGAGCCCCUAUGGCGAUCGUCACGCGCGACACUGUUUUACUCCGUACCACACAGGGGAUCUCCGCUGGCGGACUUCAACCUACCUCUGCUACGGCAAUCGGUUGAGUUAACCGAGAUUCAAAAAAAUUGUGCCAGCAUUCUGGAGCUUCAUCGACGCUUCGUUGCCCUGUAUCGAGGAGGUCAUCUCAAAAUUGAUGUGUUUAGCUUCGUCGAAACGGCCUUAACACUGAUGUCAGUUCUGUACCUGCGCAUCGUCGGUAUCGACUCAGCCGAUCCCGGCAUCGGCGAUGUGUGUGGCGUGCACCUUGACCAUCGAGAAAUUUGUAAACCCCGCAGCCGCAACUGCAUUCUCUACACUGAGCUGGUCAAGAUGAUCAACAAGGUGAGCUGAGCAAGCGGAUGAAUGGCCGUUUUAUCGGUGCAAUAGGACAUCGUAGUAGGCCGAACAUGUAACCACCACCCGUUAGACGAACGGAUAUAUUUGUUUUAAAAUAUUUUCUACUUGUUGGAUUAUUUGCUGUUUUGUAUUAGGUAGAUUUUUUAACAUUGAAAUUACAUUUUUUUUAAUUUUAUAAAGUUUAAAUAUGCGGUAGAGAGAAGUUUUCAGUAACUAUUUCGGUUGUAUGAGGCGCUCAGUACUAGAACACAUAAAAAUAGGUAAUUUUAAUACUUUGAGACAGACACAUGAGCCAUUGAAAGGAAAAAAAUCUACAUCAAAGCAAUACUAAAAUAGAAAUUAUUACGAUAUCAAACUCAGUUUUCAACUCAUAUACCCCAAUUAUGCGCGAUUGCAGCUAUAUUAUUUAGAUUAAUUAACUCAUCAACCCACAAUAGAAAACAUCCCAAAGUCAUUUCCAGCGUUAGGCGUUAUCACUAUUCUAUUAACCCCUCAAGGUAUGGCAGUACCAAAAAAGUAAUUAAUUCUAACAUUGAGUUACCACCGACCACAAGAAUAAGAAUAUGUACAGAAAUUAAAGAAGAUAGCAGCGUACAUUUGGGAAAGUCCAAAGCGGAACCAAUUUUAACUAUUAUUUCUAAUCAAUAUUUCUUUAGCUGACAGAGCAAACCGGUACAUACUGUGUUAUUUGAUAUAUGUAUCCUAUAUACCGAAAAACAGAUAGUCAUUAGUUGUUACAAGAAAAAUGAUACAUAAACAUCUAGACCAUGUGAUAAAUAGAGAUUAGCGUUUGGAGUGCAAAGUUAAUCUGAUUCAAAUAAACCGUUUUAAAUUA